AUGAUUGAGGAGAGUGGGAAGAGGAGGAGGACAAUGGCAGAGAAGAGACAGCUGUUCAUGGAAAUGAGAGCACAGAAUUUUGAUGUCAUCAGACUUUCAACGUAUCGAACAGCCUGUAAACUGCGGUUUGUACAAAAAAGAUGUAAUCUUCAUCUUGUUGAUAUCUGGAAUAUGAUUGAAGCCUUCCGAGAUAAUGGCCUUAACACUUUGGAUCAUAACACAGAGAUCAACGUGUCUCGACUAGAAACAAUCAUUUCAUCCAUCUACUACCAGCUAAACAAACGCCUUCCUUCUACUCACCAAAUCAGUGUAGAGCAAUCCAUCAGCCUCCUCCUCAACUUCAUGAUAGCAGCGUAUGACAGGUAUCGACCCACAAAGUAUGCUGGUAAUAAAGCAGCGUGCGAUAAGGGGGAGGGAGAGGAUGACCAACGAGUGAGGAAUGAGGGCCAUGGGAAGCUGACGGUCUUUUCGGUGAAAGCCAUGCUGGCAACCAUGUGUGGCGGUAAAAUACUGGACAAGCUGAGAU